CUUUGCCAUCCAAGGUACCUCCACGUAUUGGAAAGCCUCUUGGAACCAGAACGAGUGAUUAUUUUCAGAGUUCCAUGGGUCGAUGACAAGGGAGAGAAGCAUGUAAACCGGGGGUUCCGUGUACAGUUCAAUCAGGCUCUCGGACCUUAUAAGGGUGGUCUUCGUUUCCAUCCGUCUGUUAACUUGAGCGUUCUCAAGUUUCUAGGCCUCGAGCAAACUUUAAAGAAUGCGCUCUCAACAUUCAGUUUCGGUGGUGCUGAGGGUGGCAGUGACUUUGAUCCGAAGGGAAAGUCAGACACCGAGGUGAUGAGAUUUUGCCAGAGCUUUAUGGAUGAGCUUUUUCAUCACAUCGGUCCUAAUCAGGAUACGCUAACUGGAGAUAUUGGCGUUGGAUUCCGGGAGCUUGGUUAUCUCUACGGACAAUAUCGGCGACUGACUGGAGAAUUUGAGUGUGCUUUAGUUGGAGGCCGGAACUUGCUUGCAAACUCCAAUUUACAUGCAGAAGCUGCUGGUCAUGGCCUGGUGUAUUAUGCCAAACAUGUUCUGGCGGACUUGAACAGGGAUAUCAAGGGCUUAAGGUGCCUUAUCAGUGGGUCGGGUAAGCUUGCGAUGCACGUCAUGGAGAAGCUUAUAGCUGUAGGAGCGGUCCCCGUUUCCUUAUCUGAUUCCAAAGGUUUUUUACUUGACGACGAAGGAUUCGAUGGGUCCAAAGCCAUGUUUCUAAAGGACAUGAAGUCGCAGCAAAAGCCUCUGAGGGAGUAUACAAGGAGAUACGUAAGAGCGAAAUAUUUUGACGAUGCCAGGCCUUGGGGCGAGAAAUGUGAUCUCGCAUUCCCUUGUGCUACACAGAACGAGCUUAACCAUUCUGAUGCACUGGCAAUUAUCUCUUCAGGAUGUCAUGUAAUUGUGGAAGGUUCUGAUAUGUCUUGCACGGCGGAAGCUAUUGACGUGCUUAGGAAGUCGAAGAUAAUCGUGGCCCCUAGCAAAGCUGCAAAUGCUGGAGGAGUAGCGGUUUCGGGGCUGGAGAUGGCUAGCAAAAGCAACCAAAUGCAUUGGACUGGCGAAGAAGUUGAUACCAAGUUACAGGAGCUCAUGAGGGACAUCUAUCAAAAGUCCGUGGCAGCAGCUGCAGCGUGUGGCCACUCUAAAGAUGGGCCAGAAGCUCUAGUCCACGGUGCCAACGUAGCUGGCUUCUUGCGUGUCGCGCAGGCGAUGCUUGAGCAAGGAUGCGUGUAAAGUGCGUUCUUCUCUGUCAAUUCGGGAGAGUAUCUUACAUCAUCGUUUUAUUCCACUCGUCGAGAAGCACGCGGUGCUAGCUAUCAAGGGACAACCAAAAGGAGGACAUUUACAGCUGAGACCCUGGGUCAGACGAGCUCAAUGGAGUCAUUUCGCUUUCGGCAAAGCCUCGCAGCUUAGACCACCUGUACUUCUCUGGCCAGUAUCUGCGUCAAAAAUGGACGGUCAGUGAAAUCCAUUUCGUGGUUUACUCUUUUGCAACUACUUACUGUUGUAGUCUCUCUCGUAGCGUUCGCCGCACAGCAGCGUUGAGGCCGUAGGCUAUGGAAUUGAAGAGGCCCUGGAACAAGAAUAAUGUAAGAAACUCUACUCUUUAUACGGACUCUCGUAGCGAUUGGAUAGAGGCACGGACCAUGAGAGAGGCAGUGCCUACGUCCAGCAAGCACAGCCAGAAGACUGGACGCUGUGGAGCAAUGAAGCUUUGGAUGCGAUUCAUUGUCCCACACGUCCAGGAACCGAUUAAAAUCAGAGGAUAGUAUCCCAGCCUGUUCAUAAUCUAAGAGAAGAAAAAUCAAACCAAAGUUUAAAACCAGCGA